AUGGCAAUUACAGUAAUUUACAGAACCCAAUGCAACUUUCCAGUUUGUCCCUGUCCUUCCUCCGAAUGUUGGUGGCGUUUCCAUAACCAAAUGACCAGGCCCCUGCUCCUUAUUUAAGUUGAAAAACUCGACCGUUAGAUAAACACCAAACAACAGCAAGAGAAGGAGAAAGUGGGAGUGAAAUCUCAUAAACGCAGCGAUGAAUAAACACCCUCAAACCCACCACGCCGAUGGCCAAAACCCCCCUGCUAUCUCACUCUAUGAACAGUCGAGGGAUCAGAGAAUCAAAGAGAACCUCCAAAAGAUGCAAAAGCUUGGCCUUGGUGACCUCUCUCUCAAGCUCAAGUCUCUUACUACUCCUAAACGUACACCCAGAAACACGACUAUCUCUCAUUCACCGCGAAACACUGGACCCGUCCGUCGUUCUUCCAGGUUGCAAAAUGUGACACCGAUUAGCUACUCUGAAGUGGUGUUGUCCAAGAAGGAUAAGAGUUUGGAGGACGAGGAUGUUAAGUUAAGAGAGGGUCCAAAGCCAGAGGUUUAUACAGAAGAGCAUGAGAAACUGUUGGGUAACACUGAGAGAAGGUGGACAUGUUUCGUGGAUGGGUAUGGAGGAGAUGGAAGGAGAAUUUAUGAUGCAGUGAAAGGAAAAACUUGCCAUCAAUGCAGGCAGAAAACUCUUGGUCAUCGUACUCACUGCAGUCAAUGCAAUAAGGUCCAAGGACAGUUCUGCGGAGACUGUUUGUACAUGAGAUAUGGAGAGCAUAUUCUUGAAGCCAAAGAGAAUCCAAAUUGGAUUUGCCCUCCGUGUCGUGGCAUAUGCAACUGUAGUUUCUGCCGGCAGGAUAAAGGAUGGUGUCCUACUGGCUCUCUUUACAGGAAGAUUUCGAGUCUGGGCUACAAAUCCGUUGCACACUAUCUUAUUCAAACUCGACGCUCACAAACAAAUUUGGAAAAGGAUCCAGAAACUGAAAAUCAAGUUUCUGCAAAGCGAUCACUUCCCUUUCCAAACACAGAAUCAAAGGAUUCUCCGCAGUUUGAUGAAAAUCUGCUUGGAACAGUUGGGCUUCUAGCUGAAGACAGGAAAAAAGAGGAUGUAAAUAUUGAAAAACACAACAAAGUGCAAGUCAAUCCGAUCUCUGCUUGUAACUAUCAAAUUUCUACAAAGAGAUCAUUGCCUUUUUCAGAUUCAGAAGAAAAGUCUGUGAAUGAUAAUAUCUCUGUGUUUCAAUUGGAAGACAACCUAGACAAGGGUGUCAAAGGUGAGCAAGAAAGGAAAUUGAAUGACACUGAUGAAAAACAUUAUUAUACCAACAAUAUUCCAUUGGAAAGUUGCACCAAAGCCAAAAAGAAACGUGCUGCCAUUGAGCCAAACCUGGACAGUAUUGCUGGCAGAUUAAGGCGUAGAAAAGUUAAUGACCAUGAAGACAUGGAUUCAACAGCGGUGAACAAAAUGAAUUUGGAUGUUAAUCAGGCUGUGAGCAACAUUUUGUCAGAGAAAGAAUUGGAGAAAGAGAAGGAAAUGCAAAUUACUGAUGAUAACCAUGGUUGUCCAAAGCUUCAGAGCAAACCUGCUGUUGCUAUUGGAAGCGAAGACCGAGAUUGUGAGAGGUUGGCAGAUGUUAAUGAUAAAACAUCUAACAUAAAGUAAGCUGUUAAUGAUAUCUUAUUAGAAAAGGAAGAAAGCACAGUCCACAACACCUAUCCAAGACAGUAUUGCUAGAAGAUUGAGGCCUAGGAUCAAAGCAGCAUGAAGAUGGAUGUUAACUUUUUCUGUUGAUGGUAACACUAUUCUUAAAAUCCUGUUGCCACUGGAUAUAGUGUUUAG